GGCACCCGCACGCUGGACCUGUGAUGCGCGGGAGGCGCACAAGGUCGGGGAAUCUGGCCAGGUAAAGGACAGGAUGCAUGGCCAGGAAUAAAAGUGGCAGACCAGAACGUCGCUUGUGCCAGUUCCAGGAGAGAAAAUGGAGGAAGGAGGAAGAGGCUCUCGUCUCGGCCAGGCUGGGAGGUUUCUGCCUGGUGUCGGCACACAGCAGGUUAAAGGGGAGCCAGAUGAAGAUUUGCUCCUCCAGCGCUGGGAGUGGCAGAAAUCCCAGGAGGGAACUGGCUCAGAGAGAGGCAUAUCGCAGGUGCCCGGAUUUGUAGGCUGGAACGACAUGGCAUUAUCUUCAGCAUCGCUGAAGGCCAUCGCCGACGGCAACCGUGGGCCAAGAGGAAACUUGGGGUCUCGAACCUUGCUGGGUCUCGUUGGGAAAGUCUCCAGGAGCCAGGGUUCUUCGCUGAGCGCGGAAGGAGGGAUCCUGGAAAGGGAGAGGCUACGCCAGGGAUUCAGGCAGUUCUGCUACCGGGAGGACGAGGGACCCCGAGAGGUUUUGCGGAAGCUCCAGGAGCUGUGCCGCCGGUGGCUGAAGCCCGAGACCCGUACAAAGGAGCAGAUCCUGGAGCUGUUGAUUCUGGAGCAGUUCCUGGACAUCCUGCCCUUGGAAAUGCAGGGCUGGGUUAGGGGGGACGGCCCCGAGACCUGCGCCAAGGCGGUGGCCCUGGCAGAGGAUUUCUUGCUUUGGAAGGAGGAGGUCGAAAUGCAGGAACAUCGGAUUUCGGAGCCAUUUGAGAAGGCAACCGGUUCCCCCCAAGCCAAACUCGCCUCUUCGGAGGUUACGAAGGCACAGUCCUACAUGGAAGUGGAGCCAGUGGGUGAUGGAGACCCCCACCUGCCACUAGGCGGGCAAGUGGCCGAAAAUGAGGAGAAGCCUCUUGAGCCAGGAGCAUUGAUGGAGGCGGAACUUUCCGGUGGCUCAUUGGACAAAGCCAAAUGGGAUUUCCCCCCAUUUCCUCAAGUGGAAAAUGUGCCCAAAUGUCAGCAAAGGGAAGACAGGAAGGAGGGAAGCUACCCAGGGCGGAGAGGAGGAGGAGGAGAAAAACUGAUUUGGGAGAAAGAUGGUAAUAAACUCCUAAAUCACAACACCUUCCGGGACAGAGAGCACAAGGACAAGAAUACUAGGAUGAGCCCUGGCUGUGGAAGAAGCUUCAGCCAAACCCUUGAUUUCCAGAUCACACAAACUGAGAAAAAGCUACGCCAGCAUACAGAUGGUGCCAAAAUUUGGACCUCAGCCCCUCAGCAGGAGAAAGUCGAAGCAGGAGAAGAGUUGUAUAUGGAUUGUGGAACCAGCUUGGGUGGGAAAGCACAUCUUAGUGAUCCUCAGAGAAUCCCUGCAGGAGAGAAACCCUAUAAGUGCUCUGAAUGCGGACACAACUUCAGCCAGGGCUCUGAACUUACUGGAGACGGUCUUUAUAUAUGUUCCAGUUGUGGGGAAAGCUUUCUUUCCAGCACAGCCCCCAGAAAACAAGAGGAAACCCAGACUGGAGAGAAACCGUCUGAAUUCUCAGAAAGUGAAAAGGGAUUCCCACAGCCCGCCGAUCCUCAACAGGAAGAGAAGCCGUAUACGUGUACGGACUGCGGGAAAAACUUCAGCUUUAGGUCAAGCCUUGUUCGUCACCAGAGGCUUCACACUGGAGAGAAACCGUAUAAGUGUUUAGACUGCGGGAAGAAUUUCAGCCAGAGCUCGAACCUUCUUAAUCAUCAGAGAAUCCACACGGGAGAGAAGCCAUACAGCUGCACGGACUGCGGGAAAUCGUUCAGCAACAGCUCGAGCCUGACGUCGCACGAGAGAACGCACAGAGGAGAGAAACCUUACAAGUGCUCCUGCUGCGGGAAGAACUUCAGUUGCAAUUCGGUCCUUAGGAUCCACGAAAGAAUUCACACGGGCGAGAAGCCGUACGAGUGCCUAGAGUGUGGGAAAAGCUUCAGCCGCAGAGAAUUCCUCGUCGGCCACCAGAGGACUCACACGGGCGAGAAGCCGUACGAGUGUUUGGAAUGCGGGAAGAGCUUCAGCCAGAGAUCGAACCUUAUUAAUCAUCAGAGAAGCCACACGGGAGAGAAACCGUUUGAGUGCACAGACUGUGGGAAAAAGUUUAGUCAUAAAGCAUCCCUCCUUAAACAUGAGAGGAACCAUCUGCAUGGUCUGACAGUGGAAAGGGGUUCAGGCAGAGUCCAAGCCACCUUGCACAUGGCAGAAAGCACAUAAGAGAACCUAUGUAACUACUUGAGCUAGGAGAGAGCAUUGCUGGUGGGCCACAGAGCUUCCCCUCACACUUUAUUUUUUUCCAUUGCCCUUCACAUCUUCACAACUUCCCAGUUCCACAUCUACCCUUCCUAAUCUCUUCGACAUACUAUAUUCUGGCGUCGUUCCUUCAUGGGAUCAGCAUCUCACGCAGAUUCCUGCAGAUCUUUGGCCUAAGACUCAUCGCUCAAACUGUGGCUGCUGUCGCCACACAAGGUCUUCAGUUGGUGGUGUAGUGUAGUGGGUGCAGCAGCAAUUCUGCAACCGAUUCGCAUGGAAAACAAGGUGUGCUCUUUAGAAAGGGCCAUAACUCAGUAGUAGAGCAUCUCCCUUGGGCACAGAAGGUCUCGGGUUCAAUCCUUGGCCUGUCUAGGGAUUGGAUCUGAAACCCUGGAGAGCAACAGUGUUAAUAAUACUAAGCUAGAAGGACAAAUGUUCUGGCUCUGUAUAAGGCAGGUUUUCGUGUCCCUGCAAACUAAACCGGCCUGGCCUUGCGCACCCAGC